AUGACUGAUAUAGAUGUCAAGAAACAAGCACUGGCAGUGACUUUAACAAUAUAUGGUAAAGCCAGGGAAAAGGCAAUAGAAAUAGCUGCUGCAGAUCUGAAUAAAGAUGAUGGAAUGAAAACUCUAAUAGACAAAUUGGAUGAAUUAUUCCAAAAAGACGAAAAAGAUGCUGCCUAUGAGGCUUAUUCCAACUUUGAUAACUUUAAAAAGACAGGCGAACUUUCAAAGAAUGAAGUUUUUAUGACUGAGUGUUUUGGGUGUGCUGUUUUGGAUACAGCUUGUUCCAAGACAGUAUGUGGUAUGAAAUGGGUAGAUAAUUAUAUUGAUUCUUUACCAACAAAAGACAAAGGAAAAGUCAAGAAGAAGAAUAGUAAUAAAGAGUUUAAUUUUGGUGAUGGUGUUAGUAAACAGUCUAUGAAAUAUGUAAAUAUUCCUGUGAAAAUUGCUGGAGUUUAUUGUAAUAUAGACACUGAAGUAGUUGAGGCAGACAUUCCUUUAUUGCUUAGUAAAGAAUCACUGAAACGAGCCAAUACUGUUCUUGACUUAGCUCAUGAUAAAGCAUCAAUGUUUAAACGCCCAGUACAACUACAAUUUACUUCAAGUGUACAUUAUUGUAUUGAUUUAACAGAUGAAAUCCAGGGUGUAUCUGAUGAAACUCCAGAAGAUAUUAUGAUUUUUGAAGAAAAUUUGUUGGAGAAAGAAAAAAUUUAA